AUGUCUAAAGCUUACGCACGAACAAAUAAAAUUCGUCAAGCUGCAAGAGAAGGUCAGAAGCGGCAAGCCGACGAAUUUUUACAACGUACAGCUAAAAAACAAAAAUUAGCAAAUUUUAAUGUUGGUGAUAAUGUUCAAUAUACUGCUGAAGAUUUAGAAAACGCUGUGAAGGCCGUAAAAAAUGGUUUAUUAAUACGUGAAGCAUCUCGUAGUGAUAAUAUACCAUAUUCAACAUUAAAUGAUCAUGUUAAUGAAAAUGUUACAUCUUUUGGUUCUGGACGUAUUUCAAUAUUUAGUGAAAUUGAAGAAAUGAAUUUAAUGAAUGCAGUAUUAGUGCUUCAAGAUUGGGGUGACCUUCAGCCAAUUAAUGAUCCAUGUAUGUUAGCUGAGCAAUAUGUAAUACAACUUGGGAAAGGCGCAAUGUUUAAAACUGAUCGUCCUAGCUAUGACUGGAUACAAGAUUUUUUAAAACGUCAUCCAACAUUAACUAUGAAAACAUCAACAGCAUUAGAAAGAUGUCGUGCAGCAUUAACGGUUGAACAAAUAGAUGAAUAA